CUGGUUUCAUGAUAUAUGUAUUAUAGUUGCUAUGCUUAAUGUUAAUAAUAACAACAAUAACAAAAUAAUAAUAAUAGUAAUAACAAAAACUGAGUGACUUGCAACUGCACCAUUUUAUCUGUCGGUUCACACGGUGCUUGAACGAAUAGUUGAGAGUACUAUUUUUAGUUAUUAUAGGCUCUUUUACUACAUACACAUUCUAGUAUUGAAAUAUAUAUAUGUCGUUGAGGUUGAGGUGAGGCCAUGUAUGUGUAUCUAUUUGUAAAGACCAAGUUAACGUAAUGUAAUGUUAAGAUAUUAUGAUAAAUGAGGAAAGAGCUUAAAGGUCCAUAACGAUGCUGCUUAAAUAGACUGCUACGGAGUGGGACAGCUGUUUGCGCUGUUUAAGCAGAGCAAAGAAAAAAAAAACUACCAACAAUAAAUGAAACAGACAAUGAACGCGUCAUUGUUGAUGCUUACGCUGUCGUCGUCCUCGUCGUGGAGUGACUGGCGAGUAUGCCAGUUACUCGGUACUGCAACUCCGUAUCGGCUUAGAGAGCGCACCGCUGCUCAAAAUCGAGACUAAUUGAUAACGUAAAUAAAAGAAUGGCUGCAACAGCCAAGCAUGAAUUAAGACAAAAAUUUCCGGGCGAGUCCUCGGGUGAAGAAGACAUUGCUGCUAUUGCUAAACAGAUAAGUGAUCACGCAGAAGCGAUUUAUCAGUCGUGGAAGAGUCGUGGACUUGCGCCCGCUGAAAUAUUUAAUUGUCACAACAGCGCGACCGCCGCUGACGAGUUUGAUAGUGCAUUGACACCGACAUUGUCGCCGACUUCGCGAGGACUUCAGCUUGAAAAUAUUCUUAAAGUAGGUGCUGCCGGACAGUCUUACAGUCCGCCACCACCUAGACUGGAUAACAAUAACACUCUGGAGAAAUUAGUUAAUAAUUUUGUCGUUGAGGACAAGGCACGGCAACAACGUACAUCCUCUUAUAUAAGUAAAAAUCUUCCGUCUUCCAUACAGUCCGCUCUGGAAAGAUUUGAGCGUAAUUCACCUGGUAAUGUGACGAAUAAUAUUCGGCAUACACAGCAGCAACAUCAGCAACAGCAACAGCAACAGCAACAGACAAGACCGAAAAUAGCUACUAAGUCGUCUUUGUCGUCGCCGUUGGCAUCACCGUCCUCGCUUGGCGAGACUAUCGAAACUAUACUGCCGGCAGACUUGCCUGGAAAUGGUACAACAAACCAGCCAAAACGUCCGUUAAGUGUUUUACUAAAUACAACAACGCCCACCAAUACAGCUGCCGGAGAAUUGUCUAGGCCGAAUCAAAGUUCAGGUUUGACGACCUGGCCUCUUAAAAAUAAAUUGUUUACCGACUCUUCCGUAGUGGCGCGGGUCAAUGCCUCCAAAGCUAACGUAGCUUCCUCCUAUCUUGAUGAAGUUGCGCGUGAAGAAGAGAGGCUUAUUAAUGCUUUGAAGACAGGAGUUGUUAUUGAUGAGGAUGGAAGUUCGCCAGUUCCUGUAAGACAAAAACCCGCUAUUAAAAAAGAAAAACCUAAGCUCAUGACGAAUGGCGUUGUUCUUGAGCGUACGUCGCAAUUUAUACAGCAAAUUCAACAAGCCAAAAAAAUUGACGAACGUAAAGCUACUACCAACACGGUAGUAGAAAAAAUAGAAAAACAUUCUAUACAACAACAACAACAACAGCAACAGCAGCAGCAGCAGCAACAACGACAGUCUCAGCAGGAUGUUAAAGAAGAUCGUGAAGUUCAAAUAGUCGCGUCUAAAUGGGGUCCCCGGAUCACGUCACCCAGACCUAGGAUUGAUCAAGUACCGCAUCCUGAACUCACGAACCAACAAAAGCAACAUAUACGAGCUGCUGCAGCUGCCGCUGCGGCUACAGAUUCUUCAAGCUCAGCGGGAAACAAUGCCAAUCCUGUACGACCUUUUCUUACUCGAGGAUCCGUCGCGGAGAGAGUUUUGAUUUUUGAAAAGUGUCCAAGUGAACUCUUACUUGAUAAACGUGGUCCACGACAGCCUGGAGGCCCGUCUUCAAGAUUCAAUUCCAAUGAUGGCAAACCACAGUCUUCUUAUGUGCGCGAGAGAAUACAACAACAACAAUCGAGAGCCUUGCCACCUCAUACAACUCUACAGCGGCAUGUUAAGGCCAACAAAAACGUCCGUAUACCUAGAUUUUAUUUCCCCGGAGGUAAGCCUACUCCACCCACACAACUGGAAGCAACGAUUGCAAAAAUAAGUAAAGCCUUUGAGAAUCUCCCAGGACAUCGUGCUUCACGCUCACAGUUUAAUAUUAUUACAAAAGCUUGUGAACUGCCACUUUACUUGAAAGUUCCGCUUUUCUUAGCAGCAGGUGGAGACGCAACAACUUCUGUUGAAAUGAAUAAUUUCAUUGAAUUUUGGAAAGAAAUUAACAAAUCGUAUCACGACUCAGCUAGUAAAUUUAUAAGAAUAACCACACGUGGUCUGAGAAAUUAUAUACUACCAGAAGAUCUUGUUGCUAUGGUACAAGAUGUUGUUGAUACUCAUCCAGGAUUAACUUUCCUUAAAGAAGCUACGGAAUUUCAUUCUCGUUAUGUCCACACAGUAAUUGCUAGAAUAUUUUACUGUGUAAAUCGUAGUUGGAGCGGGAAAAUAUCCGUUACGGAAUUACGACGUAGCAACUUGUUGGCUGUUAUUGGUAUUCUAGAACACGAAGAAGAUAUAAACCAGGUGACGUCCUACUUUAGCUAUGAACACUUUUACGUUAUAUACUGCAAAUUCUGGGAACUUGAUCGUGACCACGAUUUAUUUAUCAACAAAAUGGACUUAACUCGGCACAAUGAUCACGCAUUAUCAACGAGACUGAUAGAAAGAAUAUUUAGCGGUGCUGUAACAAGAGGUAGAGGCAAAAAUGGUGAAGUACGCUUGCAAGAAGAAAAAAUGAGUUAUACCGAGUUUGUAUGGUUUCUGCUUAGCGAGGAGGAUAAAAAUUAUCCUACUGCCAUCGAAUAUUGGUUUAGAUGUAUGGAUCUGGAUGGUGAUGGCUACCUUUCUAUGUAUGAACUUGAGUAUUUCUACGAAGAACAAUUACUUCGUAUGGAGGCCAUUGGAUUGGAAACUUUACCAUUCGAAGAUUGUCUUUGUCAGAUGCUCGAUAUGAUAAAACCAAAAAUUCCUGGAAAAAUUUCAUUGAGUGACUUAAAAAAUUGUAAAAUGACUUCGAUAUUUUUUGACACUUUCUUUAAUCUCGAAAAAUAUCUUGAUCAUGAACAACGAGAUCCUUUUGCUUCAACGAGAGAUCACGACGCUGAAGGCCAUGAACUCUCAGAUUGGGAUCGAUUUGCUGCUGAUGAGUACGAGUUACUGGUUGCUGAGGAAAGCGGAAAUGAACAAAACGAUCAAAUGAUGUAUGAUAACGGAAUAGAUGAAGAUGGUUUUACAACUAUAAAUACAUUACCAGAGGAGUCAAAUGACCGAAAUAAGAAACGUGACGGUUACACUAAAAAUUAUCAAGACACCGGUGAAUCUCGUCGUGAUUCGAAAAAUCAAAAUUACGACAGCGGAGAUAGCGAUGAUUACGCUGAAAGUGAUAACUGAUAUACGGUAUAAUGAUAAUAAAAAUAAUAAGCAAAAAAAAUGGUAUCAUUAAAGUUGUGCCAUUUGCAGGCGGAUUUAAUGAUAUAAUUAAUUCAAAAAAAUAAUUACAUUCAUUUGUCUAAGUGCCAUGAACUAUAUUUCUGUUUUUUUUUUUUUCCUCAUAAAGCCAUACGGUUUAUUAAGUUUCUAGUGUUUAUCGUUUUGUAAAUAGUGAAUCGAGUUGUUUCAAAUUUUGUCAUUAGUUAUUAAUUAUACAUUGAUUAUGUUUUUAAUAGAUUUAAGAAUAAACGAGUACGUAAAAUUAAUUUUAUAGAAGAUCGAUAAUUAGUAAUCAUGUACGUGCCUCGAGUGGUGCAAAAAUUUAUUGGGGCGUAUUUGUCAGUUAAUAUUCAUUAAAUAAUCGACGCGAGUAAUAUCACUACCAUCAUCUUAUAAUAUAUAUCAUCAUAUACUAGCUCUUACUAUCAUCUGUACGUGUACAAUACAUACUUACUAUAGGAUUCAUGUAAGCAAAUAGCAGAUAAUAAUUUAUCUGUUUUAUUUAUCUAAACAUUAUUACUAUUAUUCAUAUAUUUGUUUAAUUGAUAUAUUGUUCUGUCAACGUAAUAUUGUUUUGGUGAGUAAAAAAAAAAUCAGCACUUGUUUGAAUUUAUUUUUAAGCUAAAUUAGUCAUCGCCGAUAAAUUAUUUAUCGACACGUUAUUAUCAGUUAAACUUAUAUUAAAUUAAUCGCAAACACUAUUCUAGUCUAAUAUACGUGCUAGUACACGUACAUUACGGAAUCGAUAUAUAUAUAUUUAUGGUUUGAUUAUUCGUUAUAACUGCAAAAGCAGCUCAAAAAAGUAAAUCUGUGGUUCCAAUUUGUCGUCGGUGUUAUAUUAUUAAUCGACAGCCAGUUAUAUUCAAUAGUAUAAUCGCGUUUUAUUAUUAUCUUUCCAAAGAUGUAAUUAUAGAGCUAAUAUGUAAACACGAGGCUUGUUAUCAAUUUUUUUUUUAAUUACUAUUAAUUAUUAUUGAUUAAUAUUAUAUAAAUAGAUUUAUAUAAGUCAUUGGACUCGUAUACUAGCGAUCGCGCGCGUAAUCGCGAAUGUUUAAUUGUUGCAUUUGAUUGUAUUUCAAUAUUGUUAAUUGUCAUUAUUAUUAUUAUAAUUAUUAUUAUUAUUAUUAUACCGAUAGAUUUAUUAUUGUUCAAACAAUUUAGGUGCGACUUUGGCAAGUUUAUUUUCUAUUUUUGUUUUCUAUAUUCAUUAUUAAUUUUAUAUGAUUAUAAAGAAAAAAAUUAACUUGCCUGUCAAUUUAUAUCCCGUUGAGUAUAUUUAAUAUUAUAUUAAUUAGAACGUUUAAUAAUAUUUGUACCAUGUUUAUUUAUUUAUAUAUCGUUUUUGUGUAAAAAAAUUAGACUUGAGAAAAAGGAAGAAUAAUUAAUUCAGUCCAUAAUUUGUCGCAAUAAACUAGACGCUACUGAUUGGAUAACUACUUUAAAGAAAAAUAAAAUAAAAAAAAAAACAAAAAUAAUAACUACUUUUGAUGUUCAUUAAAAUUUUAGGUGAAUAUAUAAAAUUAUAUUUAUAUCAAUAAUAUCAUAACUACAUUUUUGUACGAAAUAGUAUUUUAUUAAUGAUCCCUGAACGUUUCAAGAACAAAGUAUCGCUUAUUAAUUAUAUUAAUUAAAAAACAAAUAAAUAAAAACAAAAA